AAACCAGUCCAAAACCUGCCACCCGCGCGCCAAGGCGGGGCCAGAACUGGCUGCAGGCGGCCGGGCUCGCCCGAGGCUCCCCGCUGAACCUGCGGCGGCUCGGGAAGCACCCGCGGAUCGCCCGCCCGCCGCAGUUUGUUUGGCAGUUACCAGACUAUGUUUACACUUCUGGUUUUUCUCAGCCAACUGCGCAUAGUUACCUUCGCGUUUCCUCAUUGCACAAGAAGUCCAAAGGAGUCUGGGCAUGCUGGAGAAGAAGUCUUCACAUCAAAAGAAGAAGCAAACCUUUUCAUACGUAGACACCUCCUAUACAAUAGAUUUGAUUUGGAGCUCUUCACGCCCGGUGACCUAGAAAGAGAGUGCAUAGAAGAACUUUGUAAUUAUGAGGAAGCCAGAGAAAUUUUUGUGGAUGAAGACAAAACGAUGGCAUUUUGGCAAGAAUAUUCCAUCAAAGGACCAACCACAAAAUCAGAUGGCAACAGAGAAAAAAUUGAUGUCAUGGGCCUUCUGACUGGAUUAAUUGCUGCUGGAGUAUUUUUGGUUAUUUUUGGAUUACUUGGUUACUAUCUUUGUAUCACCAAGUGUAACAGGCAACAAUAUCCAGGUUCUUCAGCCACCUAUGUAAGAAGGGGCCGGCACACUCCCUCUAUCAUUUUCAGAAGACCUGAGGAGGCUGCCUUGACUCCAUCACCACCUUCCGUAGAGGACACAGGAUUACCUUCUUAUGAGCAGGCAGUGGCACUGACCAGAAAACACAAUGUUUCCCCACCGCCACCAUAUCCCGGGCCAGCAAAAGGGUUUCGAGUAUUUAAAAAGUCUAUGUCGCUCCCAUCUCACUAAGCCCAUCAUGGUGAAAAAGGAGAUUCAUGUUAUUUGAAUGGUUUGUUUUCACUGAACCAAAGAGACAUGUCAUAUCAGCCUUUAUGACAAACUCUAAGGACAAAGAAAGAAUAAGCAUGUGUACAACACCACAGAAGUUCUGUUGGCAUCUUGGACCUGAACUUGAUCAUUAUCAGCUUGAUAAGAAACUUUGAUUCCAUGUCCUUGCAGUAAAGAAGAGAGCACUUUUUUGUUUAUUUUAAUGGUUCAAAAACUCUGUUAUGGAUGCCAUAGCUAGAACUAGUAAAUAUCCUUUAUACAGAUAAAGGUUAUAGAUUUCUUGCAUUGAAUAUAAAAAAAAAAUGAUUUCUGAUCAGUAGAUUACCAAAGUCAGCAUAUUGGACUCACCCUUUAUUAAGAUUUCUUUUUGGUUGGAAAUACUUUACAAAAUUUGAUACUUCAGUAUAAAUUGGUGGCCUUAAUCACUGGGUUUUACAUUUUAAAUAAUUGCAUAGUAUUGAACCAUAAUUUGUAGGUUUUAGUUGUUAACAAUUGCUGUCAGUCAUGUUUUGCUAUGGGGAGUAGGGAGUAAUUUAAAGAAAAAUCACUUGCUAGAGAGUUAGUUCUUCAGAGGGUAUAGGGUUGCAAUGGCAAGGAUUUGCAAGGGCUGUAAUACUGUCAAAUAAAUACAUAGGCUUCAAAUCUAGGAGUGACUAGAACUUGAUAAAGUUGCCCAUUCUACUGACAUAUCCAUUUUCAUUGCUAAAUUAUCUAUGUAUCACUAUAUAUAAUUAUUUAUCUUGAAAAUGUGUUGAAGUUUAUAAAUAAUAGUUUGAGAACCUAGAAAAAUUAAUUUACUUUUCUGCUAUUAAAAUAAUGCUGACUAAGGGGCGCCUGGGUGGCUCAGUUGUUUGAGUGUCUGACUUCGGCUCAGGUCGUGAUCUCACAGUUCAUGGGUUUGAGAUC